CAGCAACACUCUCACACAUGUUCAGUCACUGUCGUGAGAGCAGUCAGACAGCAGCUGGAGUUUGACAGUUGAUCAGCCAACAUGUCUCUGAAACUAGGAGGCAACAUUUUAGUGACUGGAAGCAACAGAGGUAUCGGCUUGGAGCUGGUUAAACAGCUGGCAGAGAAGACCGGACAGAACACUCACCUCUAUGCCUGCUGCAGGGAGCCUGAGGGAGCCAGUGCUAAGGAACUGCGAGAGCUCAGUACUCAGCAUGCUGGAAAGAUCACACUAAUCAAGCUAGACGCAUCAGAUGAGGCAAGUAUCUGUGCUGCUGUCCAAGCUGUGAGUGAGCAGAUUGGGGCUGGUGGGUUGAACAUCCUCAUCAACAAUGCUGCUAUCAAUAAACCAGCUGCACCAGCGCCACUAUCUGUCACUGGGAAGAAGGACAUGAUGGACGUGUAUGAAACCAAUGUGGUUGGACCAUUUCUCCUGGCAAAGGUUUUUCUUCAACUCCUCCAGAUGGCAGCAGAGAGUGAAAAGGACAAAGGUGGUGACAUGUCCUGCAGGAGGUCAGCCAUCAUCAACAUCUCUACCAUCUUCUCAUCCAUAGAGAAAUGUCCAGAGACCUUCACUCUAGCACCAGUGUACCCUUAUAGAAUAAGCAAGGCAGGACUGAACAUGCUGACUCGCUGUCAGGCAGAGGAUUUCAAAGGACACAACAUACUGGUGACAGCCAUCCAUCCUGGCUGGGUCCGCACUGACAUGGGAGGUGAAACGGCACAUUUGACCACCCAGGACAGUGUGCUGGGCAUGCUCGGUGUGAUGUCAUCACUCAGCAGCAAAGAUAGUGGAAUGCUUGUGGACUGGGAGGGCAACAGAAUCCCAUGGUAGCAGUCACCAUGACAACCACACAGGGGACCCACAAUCUGAUGAGUGCCUUGGAUUAUUCCUUCUCUGGUUUUUUUAUGUUUUUUUUUUACUUGUCUUAUUGGACACUUUUGCCAAAAAAAUAAAAUAAACACCUUUAAGUCAUAUUGAAGUGGAUAUCUACUGUCACCAAGAGAUUGUUUAAAUUAUAAACACAUUUAUUAACCUGUGUUUGUUUUUCUAAUUACGGACUGAAACUUGUGUAGGAAAAUGCACACUUGAUUUAUUGAGCUGAACUGAAGAAUAAAUCUUUGAACAGAUUUUUGAUCAACAGUGUAUGGUUUGUUUUUUUAUGCUGGAGGGGACAUUGUAAAGUCCCUUGAGAUUACUUUUGUUGUGAUUUGGCGCUAUUUAAAUAAAGAUUGAUUGAUUGAUUACAUUUACAUAGACAACAUAUUUUAAAUGAAAUAAACUGACUUGUGUCUCCUGGUCCAGCAUGUCUGCUGAACAGAGACAGCAGUCAAGACCUUCAGCCUGUACAGGUGGCAGGAAACUCCACUGAGCACUGAAAUAUAAUUCAACCAAUUUUGGAAUUACUUACUGUAGGAAUGCUGUAUUCUUAUCUGACAGUUCACACUGUCAUUCUUUGGUAAUUACUACCCUCUAGAGGCCAGU